GUAACAUGGCAUGUGAGUGCACAGCUGUGACCACUCUUCCCUUCACCAUUUGAUAAAUACCUUCUUCCAUCUUCCUGCUUCUGUCUUUUGACUCUCUCCUCUCUCUCUCCUCUCUUUAAGCUUUUCUAAAUCUCUCUCUCUCUCUCGCGAACUUCCACUUCCCAUCUCUAAUGGUGGAACCAAAACCCUAGAUCCCCCCUCCCCCUUUCAUCUUCUCUACUUCAACACCUUUCUCUCUAAAAAAAAAUCUGAGAAUGAAGACUUUUCCAAGCUUCUUUCUCUCUGUAACAACUCUCUUCUUCUUCUCCUUCUUCUCUCUUUCAUUUCAAGCCUCACCAUCUCAGUCUUUGUACAGAGAAAUCCAUCAGCUUAUAAGCUUCAAAAACGUUCUUCCUGACAAGAAUCUUCUCCCAGACUGGUCUUCCAACAAAAACCCGUGUACUUUCGAUGGCGUCACUUGCAGAGACGACAAAGUUACUUCGAUUGAUCUCAGUUCAAAGGCUCUCAACGUCGGAUUCAGUGCCGUGGCUUCAUCACUCAUGUCUCUCACUGGAUUAGAGUCUCUGUUUCUCUCAAACACACACAUCAACGGCUCCAUCACUGGCUUCAAAUGCUCUGCUUCUUUGACCAGUUUGGAUCUAUCAAGAAACUCUCUUUCGGGUCCUGUAACGACUCUAACAAGCCUUUCUUCUUGCUCUGGCUUGAAAUAUCUCAACGUCUCCUCGAACACACUCGAUUUCCCCGGGAAAGUUUCAGGUGGGUUGAAGCUAAACAGCUUGGAAGUUCUGGAUCUUUCUUCGAAUUCACUCUCCGGAGCCAACGUCGUCGGUUGGGUUCUCUCCGAUGGGUGUGGAGAGUUGAAACACUUUGCGAUUAGCGGAAACAAAAUCAGUGGUGACGUUGAUGUCUCUCGUUGCUUGAAUCUCGAGUUUCUCGAUGUCUCUUCCAACAAUUUCUCAACUGGGAUCCCUUUCCUCGGAGAUUGCUCUGCUCUCCAACAUCUCGACAUCUCCGGCAACAAAUUGUCCGGCGAUUUCUCUCGUGCUAUCUCUACUUGCACGGAGCUCAAGUCGUUGAACGUCUCCGGCAACCAAUUCGCCGGACCAAUCCCUUCGCUACCGCUCAAAAGCCUCCAGUACCUCUCUCUGGCUGAGAACAAAUUCACCGGCGAGAUCCCUGAGUUUCUCUCCGGCGCGUGUGAUACACUCACUGGACUCGAUCUCUCUGGAAACGAUUUCCACGGUACGGUUCCUCCGUUCUUCGGUUCUUGUCCACUUCUGGAGUCACUCGUCUUGUCGAGUAACAACUUCUCCGGCGAUUUACCGAUGGAUACGUUGCUGAAGAUGAGAGGACUCAAAGUACUCGAUCUGUCCUUCAACCAGUUCUCAGGCGAAUUACCGGAGUCUCUGACGAAUCUGUCCGCUUCGUUGCGAACGCUAGAUCUCAGCUCCAACAAUUUCUCCGGCUCGAUUCUUCCUAAUCUUUGCCGGAACCCUAAAAGCACUCUCCAGGAGCUUUACCUUCAGAACAAUGGCUUCACCGGGAAGAUCCCACCGACAUUAAGCAACUGUUCCGAGCUCGUUUCGCUUCAUCUAAGCUUCAAUUACCUCUCAGGGACAAUCCCGUCGAGCUUAGGCUCUCUACUGAAGCUUCGAGAUCUGAAGCUAUGGUUGAAUAUGUUAGAAGGAGAGAUCCCUCAGGAGCUCAUGAAUGUGAAGUCGUUAGAGACUCUCAUCCUCGACUUCAACGACUUAACCGGUGAAAUCCCUUCCGGUUUAAGUAACUGUACCAAUCUGAACUGGAUUUCUUUGUCGAAUAACCGAUUAACCGGUCAAAUCCCAAAGUGGAUCGGCCGGUUAGAGAAUCUCGCCAUCCUCAAGCUAAGCAACAAUUCCUUCUACGGGAACAUACCGGCUGAGCUCGGUGACUGCAGAAGCUUAAUCUGGCUCGAUCUCAACACCAAUUCCUUCAACGGAACCAUCCCUGCUGAGAUGUUCAAACAAUCCGGUAAAAUCGCUGCCAAUUUCAUCGCCGGGAAGAGGUAUGUUUACAUCAAAAACGAUGGGAUGAAGAAAGAGUGUCACGGAGCUGGUAAUUUGCUUGAGUUUCAAGGAAUUAGACCGGAGCAGCUUAACCGGGUUUCGACUAGGAACCCUUGUAAUUUCACCAGAGUGUAUGGGGGUCACACUUCGCCGACGUUUGAUAACAACGGUUCGAUGAUGUUUCUGGAUAUGUCUUAUAACAAGUUGUCUGGUUACAUACCUAAGGAGAUUGGUUCGAUGCCUUAUCUGUUUAUUCUCAAUUUGGGUCAUAAUUUUAUAUCCGGUUCGAUUCCUGACGAGGUAGGUGAUCUCAGAGGUUUAAACAUUCUUGAUCUUUCAAGCAAUAAUCUCGAUGGGAGGAUCCCUCCGGCUAUGUCAGCGCUUACUAUGCUUACGGAGAUUGAUUUGUCCAACAAUAAUUUAUCUGGUCCGAUUCCUGAGAUGGGUCAGUUCGAGACUUUUCCACCGGCUAAGUUCUAUAACAAUUCUGGUCUCUGUGGUUAUCCGCUUCCGCGGUGUGAUCCUGCAAACGCAGAAGGGUAUGCACACCAUCAGAGAUCUCAUGGAAGGAGAACGACGUCUCUUGCGGGUAGUGUGGCGAUGGGGUUGUUGUUCUCUUUUGUGUGUAUAUUCGGGUUGAUACUUGUUGGUAGAGAGAUGAGGAAGAGACGGAGAAAGAAAGAGGCUGAGUUGGAGAUGUACGCUGAAGGGAAUGGUAACUCUGGUGAUAGAACCGCUAACAACACGAAUUGGAAGCUGACUGGUGUGAAAGAAGCCUUGAGUAUCAAUCUUGCUGCUUUCGAGAAGCCGUUGAGGAAACUCACGUUUGCUGAUCUUCUUCAGGCUACAAACGGUUUCCAUAACGAUAGUCUGAUUGGAUCAGGUGGGUUUGGAGAUGUUUACAAAGCGAUUUUGAAAGAUGGAAGCGCGGUGGCUAUCAAGAAACUUAUUCACGUUAGCGGUCAAGGUGACAGAGAGUUCAUGGCUGAGAUGGAAACGAUUGGAAAGAUCAAACAUAGAAACCUCGUUCCGCUUCUUGGUUACUGCAAGGUUGGAGACGAGCGGCUUCUUGUGUAUGAGUUCAUGAAGUAUGGAAGUUUGGAAGAUGUUUUGCACGACCCCAAGAAAGCUGGUGUGAAACUAAACUGGUCCACACGGCGGAAGAUCGCAAUUGGAUCAGCUAGAGGACUUGCUUUUCUUCACCAUAACUGCAGUCCUCAUAUCAUCCACAGAGACAUGAAAUCUAGCAAUGUGUUGCUUGACGAAAACUUGGAAGCUAGGGUUUCAGAUUUCGGCAUGGCAAGGCUGAUGAGCGCGAUGGAUACUCAUUUAAGCGUCAGUACGUUAGCGGGUACACCGGGUUACGUACCUCCCGAGUAUUACCAAAGUUUCAGGUGUUCAACAAAAGGAGACGUCUACAGUUACGGUGUGGUCUUACUCGAGCUACUCACGGGUAAAAGACCGACAGAUUCACCGGAUUUCGGAGAUAAUAACCUUGUCGGAUGGGUGAAACAGCAUGCGAAACUGCGGAUAAGCGACGUGUUUGAUCCGGAGCUAAUGAAGGAAGAUCCAGCGCUAGAGAUCGAGCUUUUACAGCAUUUAAAAGUUGCGGUUGCGUGUUUGGAUGAUCGGGCGUGGAGACGACCGACAAUGGUACAAGUCAUGGCGAUGUUUAAGGAGAUACAAGCAGGGUCAGGGUUAGAUUCGCAGUCGACGAUCGGAUCAGUAGAGGAUGGAGGAUUCAGUACAAUAGAGAUGGUUGAUAUGAGUAUAAAAGAAGUUCCUGAAGGGAAAUUAUGAAAAGUUAGAAACAGCAGAUUCUUUUGAACAUCAAUCAAAUCUAAAAGGGUCAGUCCGAUUUUCCUUGGGUCUAUUUUUUGUUGUAUUUUUCUACUAUAUUCUAAAAAAUGUAUGUAUGUAUCUAUGUUAUUUUUUUUUAUACAUAAGAUGGGGAUGUUCUUUUCUUUUCUUUUUUUUGGGGUUCGGUCGAAUUGGGGGGGGAUAGAGAUGGAGAAGAGAACUGAGUAAUAACUUUGUUAAGAAUAUGUAAAUAUACAGUCUUUUUUGUUUUGUUUGGUGAGGGGAAUUUGUAAUGUUUUUGUAGUUCCAUGGAAAUUUCUACGUUGCUGACGAAUUGAAUU